CCACCUCCUAGUCUGCGCAAAUCAGGGAGGACUUCUGGUUUCUCCAAGCCGCGUGACCAUGACGUCAAAAUGCCACUCCCCUGACGUCAGUGGGCUGAGGCGGAAGAAGAGCGUAGAGGAAGUAUCGAGGUGAAGCGACGGUGUUUUGCUCGAUUUGUAGGCUAACUCAUUUUCUGUCAGGAUGGAUCUAUUAUUUGGGCGCCGGAAGACCCCAGAAGAGAUGCUAAAGCAAAAUCAACGGGCUCUGAACCGUGCCAUGCGAGAAUUGGACCGUGAGCGGCAGAAGCUGGAGACCCAGGAGAAAAAGAUCAUUGCUGACAUCAAGAAAAUGGCCAAGCAAGGGCAGAUGGACGCUGUGAAAAUCAUGGCUAAAGAUCUGGUGCGAACAAGGCGCUAUGUCAAGAAAUUCAUCAUGAUGCGGGCUAACAUCCAGGCCGUGUCCCUUAAGAUACAGACACUCAAAUCAAACAACUCCAUGGCUCAAGCAAUGAAAGGUGUCACCAAAGCCAUGGCUACCAUGAACAGACAGCUCAAGUUGCCUCAGAUUCAGAAGAUCAUGAUGGAAUUUGAAAAGCAGUCAGAGAUCAUGGAAAUGAAGGAAGAGAUGAUGAAUGAUGCUAUUGAUGAUGCGAUGGGAGAUGAAGAGGAUGAGGAGGAAAGUGAUGCUGUUGUCUCCCAGGUACUGGAUGAGCUAGGUCUGACAUUGACCGAUGAGCUGUCAAAUUUGCCUUCCACGGGUGGUUCUCUGAGUGUGGCAGGAGGAAAGAAAGCUGAAGCCUCAGCAGCCCUCGCCGAUGCAGAUGCCGAUUUGGAGGAGCGGUUAAAAAACCUACGGCGAGACUAGAAGAGCAGUGCCCAGCUCCCUUGCCCUCCCCUAGCAUGGGUGGCUCUUCAGCCACUCCUGGUGUUAGGAUUACAACUCUGCUGUGGCAGGGAGCCCUAGCUUUGCAAACUUGUGUGGGUUGACCGUGGAUGGCAUAAUCUGGGAAAAAGGAGGGUUAAACCAAGUCAUGUGGUGCUUUUAUAUUCCCUUUUAAUUUGAAAAGACUUUCAGCAUCACUUGGCAAAAUUAUAGGGUAAAAUAUUUUCUUCUUUUUUCUCUACCAUGAAAAUGCUUCCAUUUCCAUGAGGAUAUGGAUAGCUUGGGAUCUUAAGGAAGUUUCCUUUUGAAGGGGGUGGGGAGGGCAGGAGUGGGUGACAUUCCCUACUCAAUAUGUUCUUUUGGUUAUGAUGGCAAGGUUGAGGGGGGGAGAGAAGGGGGAACAACAGAUGGUACUUUGGCUGAUAUCCCUGCCAUUGAGAAUUGGCCAAGGACUUCUUUUCACAGUAAAGCUUUAUAUAAAACCCUGCCUCUGGAGGCAGGUAGGCAGGCAGGAUGGCUGGCCUCCACAUUUGAUUCUUUGUCUCUUGUAAUAAAGGUUGUAGUUUAUACUAAGAGUUCCUCUGGCAUCUGCUCUUGCCCCUGAAAUGGAACAGUUGAAACUGUCCCCUGACUACUGUAGUCCUAAGUGUCCCAACACUGCACAUUUGUCUCUCUGUUGUACACUUGUUAACUUUUGGGAACUGGGCAUGUUAUGUGAUAAAAUAGGCAGAUUGCCUUGGUUCUAGACAUUUCCCUUUGAGUCUGGGAGUAUAUGAAGAUCAUUGUAAGUGUCAUCUUACACUCUACCUAUGUUUGAAACUAUGGGCCCAGUUAGUAAGUUGUAGAGAAGAUAGGUCAGUUAAAGCAAAUACUCCUACAGAUUUGGUUUGGAGCAGAGAGCACUGAGAAAACACCUAUUUAUAUAGCGCAAAAUUAAGCUGUGAGAUUCCUUUCAGCAGGAUAAAGUGAUAGCUUCGACCUUCAUUGCAAGGGAAUUAAUUUGUCCUCUAUAAAUUUGGAUGUUAAAUCCAGCAAUCCUGUGUGGAGACAUCGGAGCAGAAAAGAACUGAAAGAGAGGAAGAUUUCUCUUGAAUCCAGCCUAUGGGCAUGCCAUAGGAAACUGAGUGUCUCCUGUGGAACCAGGGUGCUGGAUGAGAGGUAGUUUGGCUGAUCUAGCAGGGACGCUUUUGCUUUUAUUAGAAUCCAAAAGAGGGUAUAUACAGUUGUGCCAGAGAAAUGCUCAAAUAGAGUUGGGGCUGAUCAGAAGAUGAAGGGAAUUUGUGAGGCCUGCCAAACAUAUGCUAUGUGCCCUGGGGUAUAUAGACGAUCCCAACCUAACUUCAUUCUAGAAAGCAAACGGGAAGGAAGAAUUUCUGGGAUCUCUUCCAUUUUUGUUCACCUGAUAUCUAUUGACUUUCUGCAAAUGAUCCAAUGAGGCUGAUUUUCUUUUUCCUUGUCUUUAUUUUUAAUUACUAUUUUCGGAGGAGGGGUGCUUCUGAUUCCCAGGAUCCAAUGUGGAAUGUCAUCUGAGAUCUGAAUUGUUUGGAAGCACAGUAUCCAGGAUAUCCCAGGGAUGGUGGAAAUGGUGAUACUGAAGGAUGCCCGAUCAUGGGAUGGGUCCAGCAGGCUGUUUAAUGGAAAGCUCUUCUGAGGAUUUAUUUUUCCUUGAGUGCUACUGCACAAAGCAAAUAUGGCAAAGGUGAGGGUCCCAAAAAUUUGGGAACAUUAUGCCAUUUAUGGAAAACCAGAAAACUUCCAACUGAAUAAAGAGCAAUGAUUUAGUAAUUUAACAUGUCCAGUCAGAAUAAAAUGGAGGGGCUUUAUUGAAGCUGGGAACUCUUUCUGUGGUGCCUGCUGAGAAUGGUACAUUAGUGCUGAGCUUUCUGUUCGUUGAGCAUUCUGGAGUCCCUACAGGAAAGGAAACAGGCUGGCUGGGGGUCCCAGUGAUUUGGAAGCUGUAAAAAUAAUAAAGGAAAAUUAUAUAGUAAUGUAGGUGUACCUUUCCACUGUUAUGGGAUGUAAUGCUUCUUCCCUUGGGCCAAGCUAUAGUUCUUCUGACAAAAGGGUGGGGUGAGGGAAGAACUGCUUGCAAACAAUUGGAUUCACUCUACAAACUAGAGUAAAAUGGAGUAUGUGGUUGUAAUCAGUAUACCGGUAUCAGUAUAAUCAGUAUAUAGUGGGAACCCAACCAUUGAUUUCCAGUGUUGUCCAAAUUGGGUCAUUACAUAACCCAAUGUGGUUUAUUUGGAUAUAACAUCAUUUGAACACGGCAACUGUAUUUGGCAGCCAAAUUAUUUAGGAAGAAUAUUUCCUCCUUUAGUUUUGCGGGGGUUCCUGUGUCAAUAUCUGAGCUUGGGUUAAGGAUUGCUAAUGUUUUCUCUUGCAGGAGCCAUAUGUCUUUAAUAUACAUUGUCUUGCAUAAAUCUACUUGAUGAAGCUUUUGCCUCUCUUUUUAUCUUCCUGUAUAGAAAAUAUGUGUGGAGUCAAGAAAGUCUCCUGUGUUAAGACCUCCCCACUAGUGACAGUGCUGUUUAUCUUCAGAAAUUCCCUGCUAACAGAGAUUCUCAUUCUUCCCAUAUUCUGAUAUUCCUACCCAUUCUAUAGCUUGUUUUCCCUGUUAAGCACUCUGAUAUCAUGAAAGCUUGCAUUUAAAAAUAGAAUCAAGGGAUAAAAUUUUCAUUGCAGUAACUGCUACACCUCUAUAUGCCUUUUAUCUUUUAAAUAAAAUGAAAAGAGUGAAAUCCUUUCCUCCAAAAUAAUUGCUGCACACUCCCUCUUUCUGACUAAGUGAAUUCCCCAUAACCCAGCUAUUCUAUAUUGCAGCUGUGUUCCCAUUGAAUGCUGCCACCAAACCUUUUACCCCUAAGUCCAAACAAUAUAGGGACACUCACCUAGGGACCGUUUUUUAGAUUCGGGUGAGCUAUGCCCAGUGCCCGCAAGCAGGAAUGAUAUGUCUCCAGCAGUUCCUUGCAUGCCUCUUCUCCCUUCUCUUUAACGCUGCAAAGGUGAAGAAGUGGUAAAGCAAUGAUGACAAUACUGCUGGUUUCUCUUACAAUUGAACAACAGUACAGAAACCUGGUGAUCUUGAAGCUCUCCCUGCAACUUUCAGAGGUAUGACACUCCUGCCAUGCCCACAAUGGGGGUAGUGACUUGGUAGCUUCCAUUACCCCAAGGCAGGCAUAAGUGCCCAUUUAAAAAUAAUAAUGAAAUCCUGUAUUGCAUCUUUCCAGAUUUCCCAAGAUCUAUUCUUUUCCUGUUAUAGGUAUUGCUCAGUGACAUAAGGAUUAUAGCCCUUGAUAUGAUGUUCUUAAUAUGAAACUUAAGAUUUUUUUAAAUUAUUUUUUUCCUUUCCUGAAGUACUUAUUAUUUCUGCUUUGAAAAAACAAUAAAUGGCACCAGUCCAAUGUU